AUGUCAAGCAAGCGGUCGACAAUCCCACUCGCCAAAAAACAAGAGGUCAUCAAGUGGAUUGAAUGUGAAGGCGAGGGUGUCCCCACCAGAGCGGUCCGUCACUUCGGCAGACUGAGCUGGUCCCUCGAUCUCGGCACGGUUCGGCAAUGGUGGAGGCAGCGUGAGGUCGUCAUGUCUGCGUCUCCUCACCGAAUUCGACUCGAGGGCGGAGGAAGGCGCCGCAUCUUUGCGCGAAAAAUCAAGAAGGAGAUGGUCACGAGAGCCUGGAUUGCAGCCCAGGCGCUGUAUCUGUAUGGGGAAAACGUCGAAGAACCUAUUCGUACUUUCAAUGCUUCGCAUCAGUGGGUUUCCUGCUUCAUGCGCCGC